AUGCAAAAACAAGAACAAGAAUCAGAUGAAAGUGACUCUGAAAAUAAGAAUUAUAAGAAAGUUACAGAUCCAAAAAGACAAUGUAGUUCAACUAAAAAAAAAUGUAUAUCUGAGCAGUUGAGACGUAAAACCUUUGAGCCUGUAACACCAGUAAAGGAAUGGAAUGAAGAUUCUUCUUUAAUAAAGUUUGAUUCGAAUAUGAAUCAGAAUAAAGAAAAUCUCGCAAUUAACCGUUCGCAGUUAUCAAAAUUGAUUAAAUCAGAAAUUUUAGUUACAUCAUUUUCUCCAUUAGUAAACAAUGGUACUGCCAUAUUUGAUUCAUCAUUUGCAUAUAUUAAAUCAAGCAAAAAUUCACCUAAAAGUUUGUAUGCUACACCAAAAAGUGCUUUGUCAGAAAUAAAUGCUGAUAAUAUUAAUGACACUAGUACUGAAUUUAUAAAAUUUUCAACACCUAUGGCAAAGUACAAUACAAACAACACUUCUAUGUACUUGAUUGAUUUGACCACCCCGGCUCAAUUCAAAGAAAAUAUAAGUAGCCAUGAAAUAGACUUAAAAAAAACACCUACGAAUGUUAAUAUAUCUAAAACAUCUAAAUUAAAAUCUGCAUUAAAAAGUUUUUGUCCAAAAGAAAAUCGUACAAAAUCAACAAAGAAAGUUAAAAUGACUUGUGGCGAAAGCCUUGUUCCGUCAGAGCGAAAUUCCGGGCAAGGAAAACCAUUUUCUUGUAAGAAUAAUAUUUCUAAACAUGAAACAAAAUUCAUGAAUUAUAUUUCUGAAGAUGAAGAUAAAUACUCAAACAAAAUUUGCCCAGAAUCGAGCAAUAUAUCAUUAACAAAAUCAAAAGAUGAAAAUGAAGACUAUUGUUCAAUUGAAACAAUUGAUGACACAAUAUACUUUAAUGAUACCAACACUACACAAGAAAAUGAAAAUGUUGUAAUUGAGGUGUCGGACGAGUCCACUGCAAGCAUUCCUUCAUCACCAAAAAAAUUAACUUCAACUCCUAAAUCAAAAUUUAGAGCGUCAAAUAUUUCUCAAUCAUUGGUGAAAAAAGCUUUACUUUCUAGUACUAAAAAAAUGUCCAAAACUGCUAUUGCCAGGUCUUUAAUUUCAGAUAAAAGCCCAAUUCAUUUUCAGUCUAAAAGUGCUUCUCUUUUCUUAUCUAAAAAUGAUAAUUUAAAUGAAACAUUAAAGGAUAUGCGCUCUGUAUCACUGAAUAAAAAGAACGUGUCUUCUAUUGCAACACCUACAAAGAAAAAUUCGAUAUCUAAUAAUAUUUCGAGCGUUAAGGCAAAUUCUUUCAAGAAUUCUGAAAGUUUAAAAAAUAAUAGAACAUCUUUUUUGAGAUCCAGUUUAAAUAAAAGCGUUAAUUCAUAUUCCAAUUCUAAGCGUUCUUGUGAAAAUUCAAUUAAACAAAAAUCUAUUUUUCCUGUCAAGACCAGCUCCAAACAUAUUUUCGUGACCUCAACUUCAAAGCCUGCAUCAAAAACAAAGUCAGUUGUGGAAUCUAGCACUCUUAAUGAAAUGCAAAAUUUAGAAAAUCUAGAGUCUGAAACUUCUGACAAAAAAGGUUCUUGUGGUGAAGUCAACAAAAAUUGUAAUGAAAUAUACCAAAACAAUGCGGAAAAUUCAGCUUUAAAUGAAACAUUUACAGUAGAAUCUGAUGAUGAAAAUUUCAGUUUGCAUAUAUCAGAAAAAAAUUGUUCUGACUUGAAUACGAUUUUAGUACAACAACGCGAAUCUGAAACCCUAACAAAUUGUGAAUCACCUAGGAUAACUGAAACGCAAAAAUUAAUUAACUCUCAGAAUAGAAACAAUGUUUUGGUAGAAAAAAUGAUUAACAAAAGAUCUAUUGCAACCCCAAUUUUUAAGGGAAUCAAAGAAAUGAUUAGAACACCGAAAGUUCUUAAGACUCCUGAAAUGGAAGAUAUUAAACAUAUGAUCAAAACUCCUAACUUCGGAAAAACUCAAAACUUUAAAGGGACAAAAAAUAUGAAAACACCACAAAAUGAAAAAAGUAAUGUUGAACUUUUAGGUGUCAAAGAGCUUAUAAAAACUCCAAAAAUCCAUGAAAGUAAUUUUAAUGCGGUAGGCGAAAUGUUAAAAACUCCUCAACCUAGUUUAGAAAAUAGUUCGUUUGAUACAAGAUUGAUGCGAAAUAUAAUAGAAAACGAAUACGAAGGUGUUGACCAAAUUUUUAAAACUCCAUCAGCAAAAGCAAUUAUGGUAUCUGAUAAAGGGAACGAAAGUACAACAAUAAAAAAAUCUUUAAUUUCAAAUGCUGAAAAUAUUUCAAAACCUAUUAAAUUCAACUUGGAGGAUGAAAUUGAACCAAUAGUUAAAACCAUAUUAUUUGAGAAUUCUUUAAAAGGUGUAACCGAGAAUUACACUUCAACACCACAUUCGACAUGUAAUCAGACCUUCGAUGAAUUAAUUGGCUCUCAGAAUGUCGUGAAAACUUAUUCCAGAAGAAAAAAACAGUCGGUAACUGACCCAGUAAUGCUCCUUGAAUCAAGUGGCUUAAACGAUAUUGCGAAAUCCGACAUCCAGGAAUGGAUUGAAAAUAUUUCGCCAGAAAUUACGGAAUCUAAAGAGGAAAUUGUAACAAACAUUGCAGAUAUUUCAAAUGUUUCCGGUGGUUUAUUUGAUAUUAGCGGCAUAGACAUUUUGAAUUUGACACACAAAUCAGUCGACUCAGAAAAUAAAUGUAGUAUUUUACACAAUAUUAACAAAAUAGUAAAAGAAAAAGUUAAACAAAUUAAUAGUCCUGGCGACAAAUACAACUUGAAUAUUCAAAAAUCCUUUUCCCUAGAUACAGACAAGUCUAAGUUUAAACCAAACCCAGAUCCACUUCUGGAGGGCACAUUUAACCUAGAAACGACGAACCAACAAAAAGAAAUUGAGGAAGAUUUCGAAUAUUUUGAAAAUCAACCCAUAGUAAAUAAACAAAGGUCGUUUACUCCAGAAACACAAAUAUAUAAAACAAAGUGGAAUAGAAAAACAAUUGGCAAUAAUCAAAUCUUAGACGAGUGCUUUAAUUUAAAAGUAGUUAAAAAACAAAGAGAAAUGGAAUUGGCAUUUCAAAAUUUUGAAGAAGAACCAAAUUUAAAUAACCUUAAAUCGUUAACUCCAGAAUACUAUAAACCUAGAACAAAAGUAACGAGAAAAACAAUGGGAAACAAUCAAGUCUUACAUGAGUCAUUUGACUUAAAAGCAGCAAAAGAAAAAAGAGAAUUGGAGUUGGCAUUUACAAAUUUUGAAGAAGAACCAAACUUAAAUAGCCUUAAAUCGGUUACUCCAGAAAAAUGUAAACCUAGAACAAAAGUAACGAGAAAAACAAUGGGAAACAAUCAAGUCUUACAUGAGUCAUUUGAUUUAAAAGCAGCAAAAGAAAAAAGAGAAUUGGAGUUGGCAUUUACAAAUUUUGAAGAAGAACCAAACUUAAAUAGCCUUAAAUCGGUUACUCCAGAAAAAUUUAAAUCUAGAACAAAAGUAACGAGAAAAACAAUGGGAAACAAUCAAGUCUUACAUGAGUCAUUUGACUUAAAAGCAGCAAAAGAAAAAAGAGAAAUGGAGUUGGCAUUUACAAAUUUUGAAGAAGAACCAAACUUAAAUAGCCUUAAAUCGGUUACUCCAGAAAAAUGUAAACCUAGAACAAAAGUAACGAGAAAAACAAUGGGAAACAAUCAAGUCUUACAUGAGUCAUUUGACUUAAAAGCAGCAAAAGAAGAAAGAGAAUUGGAGUUGGCAUUUACAAAUUUUGAGGAAGAACCAAACUUAAAUAGCCUUAAUUCGGUUACACCAGAAAAAUGUAAACCUAGAACAAAGGUAACGAGAAAAACAAUUGGAAACAAUCAAGUCUUACAUGAGUCAUUUGACUUAAAAGCAGCAAAAGAAAAAAGAGAAUUGGAGUUGGCAUUUACAAAUUUUGAGGAAGAACCAAACUUAAAUAGCCUUAAAUCGGUUACACCAGAAAAAUGUAAACCUAGAACAAAACUAAUGAGAAAAACAAUGGGAAACAAUCAAGUUUUACGUGAGUCAUUUGACUUAAAAGCAGCAAAAGAAAAAAGAGAAAUAGAGUUGGCAUUUGAAAAUUUUGAAAAUCAACCCAAUUUAAAAAUCCAGAAGUCCUUUACUCCUGAAGACCGUAAAUCUAGCAUAAAACUUCCUAGAAAAACAUUGGGAAACAAUCAAGUACCACGUAAAUCUUUCGACUUAAAAGCAGCAAAAGAAGAAAGAGAAUUGGAGUUGGCAUUUACAAAUUUUGAAGAAGAACCAAACUUAAAUAAACUUAAAUCGUUUACUCCAGAAAAAUGUAAACCUAGAACAAAAGUAACGAGAAAAACAAUGGGAAACAAUCAAGUUUUACGUGAUUCAUUUGACUUAAAAGCAGCAAAAGAAAAAAGAGAAAUAGAGUUGGCAUUUGAAAAUUUUGAAAAUCAACCCAAUUUAAAAAUCCAGAAGUCGUUUACUCCUGAAGACCGUAAAUCUAGAAUAAAACUUACUAGAAAAACAAUGGGAAACAAUCAAAUCCCACGUAAAUCAUUCGAUUUAAAAGCAGCAAAAGAAAAAAGAGAAUUAGAGUUGGCAUUUACAAAUUUUGAAGAAGAACCAAACUUAAAUAGCCUUAAAUCGUUUACUCCAGAAAAAUGUAAACCUAGAAAAAAAGUAACGAGAAAAACAAUGGGAAACAAUCAAGUCCUACAUGAGUCAUUUGACUUAAAAACAGCAAAAGAAAAAAGAGAAUUAGAGUUGGCAUUUACAAAUUUUGAAGAAGAACCAAACUUAAAUAAACUUAAAUCGUUUACUCCAGAAAAAUGUAAACCUAGAACAAAAGUAACGAGAAAAACAAUGGGAAACAAUCAAGUUUUACACGAAUCAUUUGACUUAAAAGCAGAAAAAGAAAAAAGAGAAAUAGAGUUGGCACUUGAAACUUUGGAAGCCGAACCGAAUUGUAUACCUAAAAAGGCAUAUACUGCUAAAGAGAAAAAAACUAUGGAGUUAGAAAAAAAAUUAAAGAAAACAACACAAAGUUCUCGAAAACUUCGAACCCGAAAAAUUGAGACUGAUAAUCAUUUAGAUAAUAAUGAAAUUGGAUAUGAAGAAGGGAAAUGCAAAACAUAUACUUUUGAGCCAGAAUUUAAAACUCCUACUAUUGUUGCACCUAAGACAAGAACAGCAAGGAGAUUAAGAUCGAAUUCAACAUCAACUCCAGUUAAACUGUCAGAAGAAAUUUGUAAUAUUUCACAGAUACAAAUCAAUGAAACUACAAAAAUUUCCGCGUCAUCAGAAAAAUCUAAAAUUAGUGGCACAGUUAUAGAAAAUGACGAAUUGCGAAAUGAUAUAAACGUUGAUAAAAAGGGAAGAGCUAGAACAAGGCAAAGAAAGGUUGUAGAAAAAGAUGAAAUGGAUUUUGCUGUAAUUGACGAAACAGGUAAAGCUAAAGAAAGUGAAAGCGAAAGUAUAAUCAAGAGUGAAAACUUGGAAUUAGAAAAACCUGUGAAAAAAAGAAGUCGCAGAAAUUUGUUAAAAAAAAAGGACGAAGUUAUUAAUGUUGAAACACAAAUGUUGGACGAACAGGUUUCUAAUGAAAGGUUAAACAAAGCAACUCAAAGAUCGGAAAGACUUCGAGCCCCAAAAAUUGAAACUGAUGAACAUUUGCAUAAGAAUGAUAUUAAUUCUGAAGUGUUAGAUUGUCAAGAAUUAACUAGCUUUGAAGCACAAUAUAAAAAUAUGAACAUUGUUGUAUCUAAGACAGAAACUGGAAGGGGAUGGAUAUCGAAUUCAACAUCAACUCCAGUUAAAUUGACGGAAGAAAAUUGUAAUAUUUCACAGAUACAAAUCAAUAAUACCACGAAAAGUUCCGCGUCAUCAGAAAAAUCUAAAAUUAGUGGUGCAGUUAUGGAAAAUGACAAAUUGGGUAACGAUAUAAACCUCGAUAAAAAGCUAAGAGCUAGAACAAGGCAAAGAAAGGUUGUAGGGAAAGAUGAAGUGGAUUUUGCUGCAAAUGGUGAAUUAGGUAGAGCUAAAGAAAGUGAAAGUGAAGCGAAAAGCGCAAGUAUAAUCAAGAGUGAAAACUUAGAAUCAGAAGAACCUGUGAAAAAAAGAAGUCGCAGAAAUUUGUUAAAAAAAAAUAACGAGGUUAUUAAUAUUGAAACACAAAUAUUAGACGAGCAGGUUUCUAACAAAAAGUUAAACAAAGCAACUCAAAGAUCUGAAAGACUUCGAACCCCAAAAAUUGAAACUGAUAAACAUUUGCAUAAGAAUGAUAUUAAUUCUGAAGUGUUAGAUUGUCAAGAAUUAACUAGCUUUGAAGCACAAUAUAAAAAUAUGAACAUUGUUGUAUCUAAGACAGAAACUGGAAGGGGAUUGAUAUCGAAUUCAACAUCAACUCCAGUUAAAUUGACGGAAGAAAAUUAUAAUAUUUCACAGAUACAAAUUAAUGAUACCACGAAAAAUUCCGUAUCAUCAGGAAAAUCUAAAACUAGUGGUACAAUUUUAGAAAAUGACGAAUUGCGAAAUGAUAUAAACGUAGAUAAAAAGGGAAGAACUAGAACAAGACAAAGAAAGGUUGAUGAAAAAGAUAAAAUGGAUUUUGUUGCAAAUGGCGAAUCAAAUAGAGUUAAAGAAAAGGAAAGUGAAACGAAAGGCAGAAGUAUAAUCAAGAGUGAUAACUUGGAAUCAGAAGAACCUGUAAAAAAAAGAGGUCGCCGAAAUUUAAUUAAAAAAAAUGACGAAGUCAUUAAUGUUGAAACACAAAUGUUAGACGAACAGGUUUCUGAUAAAAAGUCAAACAAAGCAUCUCAAAGAUCUGGAAGGCUUCGAACCCGAAAAAUUGAAAUUGAUAACCAUUCGGAUGAGAAUGAUAUUAAUGCUAAAGGGAUAGACAGCAAAGAAUCAACUAACUUUGAGGAACAAUAUAAAAUUAUUAACAUUGUUGUAUCUAAGACAGGAACUGGAAGGGGAUUAAUAUCGAAUUCAACGUCAACUCCAGUAAAAUUUGUUGAAGAAAAUUGUAAUAUUUCACAAAUACAAAUCAAUGAUACCACAAAAAGUUCCGCGUCAUCAGAAAAAUCUAAAAUUAACGGUACAAUUAUAGAAAGUGACACAAAUGAAGACAAAAAGCUAACAACUAGAACAAGGCAAAAAAAGGUUUUAGAAAAAGACAAAUUGGUUGAAAGUGGCAUAUUAUUAAGCACAACUAAAGAAAAUGAAAACAAAACCAAAACCGAAAGCAUAAGCGAAAGUGAAAAAAUAGAAUUAGAAGAACCUGUAAAAAAAAGAGGUCGCCGAAAUUUGUUAAAAAUUAAAAACAACCAAAGCAAUAAUAUUGAAACGCAAAUGUUAAAUGAACAGAUUGCAACAAAAUUAGGUGAUCCCGUGAAAUCAACGGAAUUAGAUGAAAACAUAAAUACAUCAUUCCGAAGAUCCAAAAGACUUCGAAAUCGAAAAGUCAUAUCUGAUAGCCACUCCGAUAGUAUUGAUACGGAAAUUUCAGAAAAAGAAAUCACUCAUAUAGAAAAAAGAUCAACUAGACGAAGAAAAUAAAUUUUCGUUUAAUAAACUUUUAAACUUUUACACCAAUAAAUGAUUUUUGAAGGUCAUUUAGGACAGGAAAAAUUAGAUUUUAAAAAAUUGUUAUUAUAACUUUUGGUAUGCGUCGGUUUCUUUUUAUAUAUUUUUUUUUUUGUUUUGUAUAAACCUUUUUAAUUUUUAUAUUGAAACUUUGAUCAGUUUUUAACCGAUUUUGUAUAAGUUUUGUAUGUUUUAAUUAAAGAUUUUAUUGAUU